AAAGGGAGGUGUGCGUCCUCUCUCUCUCUCUCUCUCGCCUGCCUGCCUGCCUGUCUGCUUGCCUACUUACUUGCUUGAUUACUCGAUUACCUGCUCGUUUGAUUGGUCGCUGGUGGCUUGCUCGCUACACAGUCCCAGUAAACGUCUGAAUCAAAGCAGGAUCUGGCUCUCGAACCCCCAAAACGUCUCUACUAAAACAGUUAUUACUCGAAAUCGACGUCCCUCUACGACAGCUGCAUGUUAGACCGUGCUAACGAGUUACCGGGCAGGAUGCUCCAAUCGGCCACUGGGAACAUGCCUGCCACACCAGCUAAGCCCAACAAUUCCAAUUCCUUUAAUAUCCUGAACACCGACGAAAAUGACAGCGGCAUCGGUCUGUGCGGGUGGGUCCUCACCGGCCUCUCCUGGAUCUUGGUCCUGGCCACCAUGCCGUUUUCCUUCUGCGUCUGCUUCAAGGUGGUGCAGGAGUACGAGAGAGCUGUGAUCUUCAGACUAGGAAGACUGCUACAAGGUGGCUCAAAGGGACCAGGCAUCUUUUUCACGCUUCCUUGUAUUGAGUCGUCCCGAAAAGUCGACCUGCGGACUGUCACGUUUGAUGUUCCUCCACAAGAGGUCCUGACAAAGGACAGCGUGACGGUGAGUGUAGAUGCCGUCGUCUACUACAGGGUGAGCAACGCCACCGUCAGCGUUGCGAAUGUGGAGAACGCCCACCAUUCGACGCGCCUCCUGGCUCAGACCACUCUCAGGAACAUGCUAGGUACGAAGAACUUGCAUGAGAUCCUAGGAGACCGAGAGUCCAUCUCAUGCGACAUGCAGCAUUAUCUGGAUGCCGGCACAGACAACUGGGGAAUCAAGGUAGAGAGAGUGGAGAUAAAAGACGUCCGGCUGCCAGUCCAGCUGCAGCGAGCCAUGGCAGCUGAGGCUGAGGCUGCUAGGGAAGCCAGAGCCAAGGUAAUCGCUGCUGAAGGUGAACAAAAAGCCUCUCGGGCCUUAAAGGAAGCUGCUGAUGUUAUUUCCCUCUCUCCGGCAGCCCUCCAGCUUCGAUACUUACAGACCUUAAACACAAUCUCAGCGGAGAAAAACUCCACAAUCAUCUUCCCUCUGCCUAUCGACUUUCUACGGCAUUUCUUUGUAAAUAAAGAGUGACCAAAAACUCAGACCUGGAUCAAGUGUUCUCUGUUUGCCUGUUUCUGAAACAAAAAAUAAAAAUAAAACAAGAUUUUUAUACAUCUGAUAUAUAUAAAUACAGCUCAUAGAUUGUUGCCUAUACAUUAGCGAGAUAGUUAGGUCUUUAAAUGAAAUUUCAAAAAAAAAAGAAAUGUACCAUGUGAUGAUUAUCUUUAGUAGAAGUGUCGUUGGAUUCGUAGGAGUGUUUGUUUGCCCAAUUAGCUGAAAAGAAAAAAAAACAUUACUUAUGUAUUAUAUAUCAUGUGUGGAUGACAUACUUUUAGAAGAAGAAGAAGCUCUUGAAGAAAGGAAGCUGUUGGGAAUUACGUUCAUCUGGCCAGUUAUGGAGCAAGUCGAUAAUUUUUCUGUUCCUUUCUUUUGAGCUGCAUGAAUGGGACACUGACCAAGGAUUAUGCUUAUUUUCCAUCAAUUGUUUCAUCAUUAUUCUAAGGCCAUGUUAUCUCUAACUGUAGUUCUAGGCUGAAUUCAAUUUUUAUUACAUAGAAUUAGAAACAGCCAUGUUGAUAAGUUUCUUUGCAAUGACAAAUACUGCAUCGAGUCAGUGACAUUUUUAGAGAUUUAGUUUGUAAGCAACUAGUGUUCUUAUUCGCAUAGGACUUAAAAUAAAUUGUUAACUUUGCAAGCAGAAGUUCGACCUACACGAUGGACAUCAACUGUGUAAUCAGUGUGUUUUUGUACUAUCGUUGCUUCUGCAAUCAUUCACACAAAGGGUCACAUGAUUUUCCUCCCUAUGGUUUCACCGUGAGCAGUUGUAGAGCAAUUAUUAGCUGAACUUUACCAAGAAGAGUACAAAGCUGCUUCGUGUUCAUUUGCAGGGACUGGAGUCCGAAGAGGGAUGACAAAACUAACACUGAUCUUCCUUUUCAAUAUCGCUUCGUGAAAAAUGUCUAUCAGGUGACGAAAUGACAUCAGGAACCAAGGAUGAUCAAAGCCACUGAAGCAUUCUUGCAUAGUUCCAUUGAUAUGGAAAUAUUUUCAAAGAACUCUUGCCUAGAUUACUGUUUCAUUUAGAUUACUGUCAAUUGUUUCCAAGCUAUUUGUUCAUGUUCAUAUUCAAAAUGUUCUUCUUUUCAUUUGCAGUUUCUCAUACAUAGGUACCACAGCCCAAAGGAAAGAUCACUUUGAACGAAUCUAUGAAUUCAACCCAAGUUAAAAGAAUUCAGUGCCCUUCAGCCGGUAACUUCUGUGAAACAGUGUGCUCCCAUUAUUAUCGCUUAGAGAUACUGUGCAAACAUAAUUAAUGUACUUCUAUAAAAACUGCAGUUUUCAUUGUCAUAUGACGUUAGAUGAAAUAUUAAUUUGGGCUAAAUCAAGAAACGACCCAUUCACAAACUGAUCACUUGCUAGGAGGACUUGUGUUGCUCAAUUUAUUUCAAGAAUUGCAACAAUCGUAAACAGACACAUUAUAGGAAUAGGCUGGUUUAAUAUUAAGGAAUUAGAAAUCAUUGUUUAUGUAUGUCUCCUCCACAACUGCACCCUGCUACAUUUAUGUGAGGGAAGUUUGUUUGUUUUAAAAAUUAUUAAUAUUUAUUAUCCUUUCUAUUAUUGUUAAAUACCAGAUUCCACACAGUUUAAUGUUAUUAUUUCAUCAACUUCAUUUGAAAUAUGUGUUAUUGGCUCUCCAGUGUUUCAGUUUUUGUUUUUCUGCCUUCAUUGUAACUAUUGUACAUACAGUACUUGCAAAGUUCCAUAUUGGAGCGAAGAGUACUCAAACUAAUUAUAUGUUAAGGAACAGCCGAGUGUGUUGUCAUGGUCAGUGACCCAUUACGAUCGAUGCAGUUACAGAUUGUGUGGUGAAGAAUUUGAUCCAUUAUCAUCAUCACCUAUCUUUAUCAGCCUCCCACCAUCAUUUACUUCACCAAAGUCUGGAGAGUUGUGGGUAAAAUGUUAUCCCAAAAAAAACAAGAUUUUAAAAAGAUUUUUUUCUUCAAAGCUUUCACUGUUAUUAUGCCUGACUGCCACACACACACAGCUCCUGACUAAUCACUUCAAUAUGAUUACCAUUACCAUUAUACAAUUCAUCAACAAUGACCAACGAAGGUAGAGAAUCGUAGGUGUUAUACCUUCACUGUUAUUGUGGUCUAAGGAGAAAAAUAAUAAUAAUAAUAAUAAUAAUAUAUGUCCGUUUCCAUUUGCACACUGCCCCACCAACCUUCUACCCCACCUGAUGCAGAGUUAUAAAAAAUAUAUAUAUAAAUAUAUUUAUUUUAUUGACCCUAGCAUUUACUAGAGUAUAUCUGUACAUAAUUUUUAAGAGUUUAAUCACCAGCUGAUUUUCUUUCAUCUCUUUUCUAGUGUCGGAUAAUAUAAUGUCGAGCGUCGGAUAGUGGCAAUCCAAAUACUGAGGGAUUGCUAUAACAAUUCCACUGUAUAAAGUUUAGAUUUUAAAUAAACAGAAGAAUCUUUUACAAACAAACAUGGAGCAUUACAACAGCAAAACAUGGAUGAAUGUGCGACAUACAAAUUCAGUCCCCUAGAAGCCAAUGAACAGUUGCUUCACUGGUAGAAGCGGUGAUGCAAGAAACUGGUUUUUUAAUCUCAAAAAAUGUGAACAACUGAACGAUCCUUUGACACAAUUAGCCAGCAAUGGCACCUUCAUUUUUCAUUAUCAGCUACAGUAGGAAAAUAUUGACAUAGAAUCUGUGUGCAGAGACAAAAUUUCCAGAUUAUCUCUCAAAAAAUUUUUACUUAGCAUCAAACGCCUCAUUCAAGGCCUCUUAGUACGUACACGGUAUAUACACGUAGAUAUAUACACAAACACAUGCUAUUUGUACCGAGUUCCCUGACUCUCUGCACAUGUGAAAUCUGCAAAUGCUUUUGUGCACAGUCCAAAAGUCACAGAGAAGCGUUUCAUCUCACGACAAGCUUUUUCAGAAUGAAAUUCACUCAGCGUUGACCGAUUUUCUUAUUAUGUCCAUCCAGUAUUCCUGCUGGAUAACAAGAUUAUUCAUUUUUGAUAUUGUUAUUAUUAUUAUUAACAAUUAUUACUGCUAUCAUUGGUUAUCAUUAUCACUCAAUGAGUACGUAUAUCAAAGCGUAAUUAUUAGUGCUAUUAUUUCUAUUUAUUUCUAUUGUUGUUGUUGUUCUUGUUGUUGUUGAUGUCACUGUUGUUAUUACAAAAAAUAGGCUUGAAAAAGAUACUCUGGGGAAUUCGAAGCAAUGUGAGGAAAUGGCAGCUUAGUGCAGCCAAUAGUUAGCAGGCACAUUUUUGCCCGAGAGAACAUGAAUUUCCUUUCACGACAUUUCCCAUAUCAAAGGCAGUUUUUAUUUCUAUAUAAGGAAUGAUUGAGUUAUUUAAAAAUAUAUCAGUGCUUCUAACUGGGCCCUUCAAAUACGACAGGGGAAAUGUUAAUUACGUACUUAUGUUCUUGAUAAAUACCAUUGCAAAGAAGUGUAUUUGAACUGCAGUUAUCUGUAGAGAUACUUAGUUAGGCAAUUCCUUUCUAAAGAAACAAAUCCCUAUGACAUUUUUCAAUGUUAUAGUUGAAUGCAAAACUAACUUUCAGGCAGUUCAUUCACAUCACUGUAAAUGUCAUGUUGUUUUAGUUGUGUUUGUUUCAGGAAAUUCACAAAGACUUAUAAUACCCUGAGAGAUAAAAAUAUUCAGUCAGGAACACUUCAUGGGCAUAUGUUUUUCUGCACAUUUAAUACCUCAUUUUCACAAAUAAAAUGUUUAAUAUUUACAGUUUUUAAACUCAAAAUGAAAUCUGUUGUCCCACAGUUGCACAAUUUGUACAGGAGGAAUCUAUGAACAUGCUGUAAACCCAUAUAUUUUUAUAAAGCAUUCAGGUUAAGCUCUGCAUACAGCAUCAACGACUGGUCUCAAACAUUUUUUUCCAUCUGCUGGAAAAUUUACUGAGGACAGAGGAAAAAAAAGAAGUCCAGUCAUUUGUUGAGUGAGAAAAAGCUUAUUUUGAAGAAUAUAUGGAUUAUCAUAAAUGUUAACAUCCACAAAUAAUGGUGAUUGUCAAUAUUAAUUAAGUGAUGACUAUUUGAAUCAAUGGCAAGUGAACACUUAUGUAAAACAUGUGCUUCUGUUAACAACUCAAAAGCUGUUUCAUCUCAAUAAGCCACUAAAAAUGACCAAUACCUAAAUACUGUGUGAUAUCUUUAUCCAUCUCUUGCCCCAAAAACAUUUCCACCGUGUCUGUGGUGUCAAAAUGAUUUCACGAAAGACAGGGAUCCAUGACGAGUGACUUCUGAGUGAUAUAGUAACUACUGUAUUUCCACUAGUGGUUAUGUAAACAACCAAGGGAUAUUUACUGCUGAUACUCUAAAAAAGGCUGCUAAAAGUUGUGGUCUUUGAAUUGCACAACAUAAUUCUUGCCACAAUACAGCUAUUAGACCAACUAUACACUGGCUCUUGUAAUGUGAGGCAGGUAAUGGAAUGUACUGUGGGUUUGGUGACAGUAAACGUUAAAAAAUUAAACAGCAACUGUGACAUCGCUACAGUAAAAUUGUUGCUUUAUAAAUUGGUUAAGUUCGAUAUAGCAUGGUGCCACAAUUUCUUCAAGUUUUCCCAUUGUUUGGAAGUUAAACGUGGUUAAACACAUUCCAUACCUUCCUUAGUACUUACAAUUGUUUGUGCUAAAUGGAUAAGCAACUUUGUAACAUUCUUGUUAAUAUUCUUACAUUAAUCAUAUUUUUAGUUCCAACUCUUGGCCAUAAUCUUCAUCAAUAAUACACUUAUAGCUUCUGUUCCUGAUCUGGAGGACAAAAAUAUAAAAUGUGAAUGUUUUGCACAUACCGUAUAUUUCGGCGUAUAAGUCGACCGGAAGAUAAGUCGACCCCCCAAUUCUGAGUAAAUUUUUAUGAUUUUAACUAAUAUCGGGUAUAUUAGUCGACCUAUAAAAUGUGAGGCCAACAGUACGCUCAAAAUAAGCAGCAGGGUAAAACGUAUCAUAUAAACUAACCUGAAUGUUAUUACGGUACAUAUGUUGCUCUACUUACCAUAAGAAAUACAGGUAAUAUAAUCGGUAUAUUAACAAAUCUGUGUAAUAUAUAAAAGAUGAAUACCAGCAAAUAUGAUUAGAAAUGACGAAACGAAAGAUACGUUUCUCGAGUGUAAUGUAAACAAACAAAGCGCUAACUAACGCUGCAUAAGAGCCUACGUAUAUAUGUAUGUACAAACUGCCACUCAAGUUAAUGUUUUGAUUGGGUUGUUAAAACGACGUGCCGGUAUUCUAUUAUUGUGUUGGAAUAUUCCUUGACCAUUGGUUCUUCUAUGGCAUAAACAGGCACAUGAAACCGUGAAUUAUAAUUUGUUUGAUGCAUUGUUUAAUUCAAGUGACGAUGACUCAAGUCAUUUUGAAGGAUUUUAAAUACAUAUUUACUAUUAAAUACAAAUUUUUUUAUUUUAUUUAAAGUGAUAAAUAAAGAUUUCAUACCACAAAUGUUUUUGAACAACACCCCGGUAAAUACAAAACUGUCAGAGUGAACGCAUCCUUCUCAAUUACUGUACUACAAAUGGCUACGCAAUGAUUACACUUGCUGUGCGAUUGGGGUUUCUUCAAGUUACUUUCAUUUAAUUUAAGGUAAUGGAUGUUCUAAUGUAUUAUUAUUGCCGUAUUACAGUGUGAAAUGUUUUUAAUACUGGUAUUUACAUACAUAGUUACCUCAACAAGGCUGUCAUUAUUAUUAGCCAACUCUAAAGCCUGGAUUCCUGUACCGAUAUGCCAAAAUAAUAAAGAUUCACUUUUUGUUACCGAUAGAUAAGUCGACCCCCUAAUUUUGGCAUGAUUUUUUGGGGCUAAAGGGUCGACUUAUACGCCGAAAUAUACGGUACAACCAUUUGCUUGUGUCAAACUAGUGUAACAGUGAAAACAUACAUACUUUAUUUUCUUGUAAAACACAAUAUCCAUAUCCAAUCAACUGGGGUAUCAGAAAAUGUAAUUCCUUGGGAAUUAGUUUUUAGAAAUGUACAUGUAUAUUUUAAUGUGUAUUCUAUAUUUUUUCCAGUAAUCAAUUAGUUAAUCAAAAAAGAACUUCCAGAACUUAGCAUGAGAAUGUAGAGUCAGUCAGUUCCAUUGAUGGGAACCAAUAACAUCUUGCCAAUUAGACAAGAAGAAAUCAUAUGUCCCACAGGAAAGUAAUUGUGAUAAUCUGAUAUACUUUUACUGAACCUUUUAAUACAACGUUAAUUUUCAUUACUUUUUCGAUCAGUUGUAUUCCUAAAUAUGAUGAAUGAACGGAAAGGACAAAACAAAAAAUUCACUCAUUUUUCUAUCAGGCAUAUAAAGGAAAAGAAUGAAUUAUGAAGUAAAUAUAUAUACUACAUACAAUCUGAUGUGAUCUUAGAUAACAUUACCUUUUUAAUUCCCAGCUUGCAUUCUGGGAUGCGGUCGCUAUCCCUGCCCUCCUCUUCGCCCAAAUGUGACCCACUACAGUCAGCCAGCUACUUUACUACUGUAUUCAAUGCUUAGGUCAACAGAAGCCCAAAUAAAUAAAUAAAUUUUGUAUAUAUAUAUUUAUAUUAAGCAGGUCCUCGACCUGAUGGCAAUUCAAUCUUACGGUACUACUUCAGCGCUCUUAACGGCAUUUUAGUGCUGUAACUUGAUGCUGCAUCAAUUUCCGGUGUAACAAGCAUUAUUGAUGGUGCUAACGGCAAGAAUAGGCAUCAAGUUACAGCGCCAUAAGUGCCGUUAAAUGAAAAAGACCAAUAAGGCAGAAAAUUAACUUACCGCAGGGCGCUGAAACGGAACUCCCCCCCCCCGCAAGUCAAGGGCACUGAGAAAUAUAUAUAUAUAUAAAUACUAAAAAGCUAAUCAAUAUAACCCCUAAAAAGUCCAUUUGUGCACUUCCUGAGAAGUACAAUGGUUAAUAUAUCCUUCUCAUAAUAUAUUCUUGAAGACUUCACACUUAAAACUAAAUUUCCAGUUAUUCAUGAAACAAUGUAUAUCUCCAUAUGUAAAACAUAUUUGUGGCCUGUUUUGUACAUACCGAUUCAUUUAUACACACUACAUAUUUAUCUACUCAUGAGUAGGAAAGUAGCUUUAAUUCUCCCAUUUUACACGUUACUCGACCAACUCACCACUCGCGUGAACAAGAUCCGGCCAGAAUGGAAGGUGUAUGCAGUACAUAUGCAAUGCACGCAACACAAACACCGAGAAGGAAUCGGCUGAACGAAAAACAUUCCACCUGUGUUUAACAGAAGUCGCGGUUCUCUUUUAAAAAUGUAACUCGUUUACUGUGAACAUAAAACAACUAUAAUAAUAAACCACCUGUGAUCAUGGUAGGAAACUAUCACACAAAUGUAUCGCACAACAUCUUAUUGUGAUCACCAUGUCAAAUCAAAGCACACAUAAAAUAAUCAUACUAAAUAUGAGUUAUAUAGAGAAAAAAAAUAACCUGUUGAUGUUGUAACUUUGCAGUCAUAUAUCAUUAAAGCUUGAUGGUAACACAGUCAUUGGUUUAACAAAUCACAAGAGUGUAAUGGUUUGGAAAUAAAAAGAUAGCAUGUAC